GUUUCACUUCCGCUUUUACUGGUGUUUCCGGCGUCCGGCAACAGUUACCAACUAAUAACUGCUCGGUAAAUAUAGAACGGGUUAUCUGGAUCUGCUGCUGAAGACAGUCCGAGGACGAUGAUUGAUAUCAAAGCAUGGGCAGAAUAUGUGGUGGAGUGGGCAGCCAAAGAUCCUUAUGGCUUUCUCACCACGGUUAUCCUGGCGUUGACCCCUCUGUUUAUCGCCAGUGCCCUGUUAUCAUGGAAACUCGCCAAGAUGAUAGAGGCCAAGGAACGUGAGCAGAAGAAGAAACAAAAACGACAAGAGAACAUUGCCAAAGCCAAGAGAGCCAAGAAGGAUUGAGCUUGGAACAGAGAGGGGUCAAUAUAAUAGUCCAUCCCCCUGAUAUAUUGCUCUUCUCUUAACCCCGGACAGUUCUUAUGGGACCUGGAGCAAGACUGGCCUUGAAGGAAGCCCAAGUGGGAAGCUGGGAACAUAUAAUUGGAGGGUUGAUUGAUUGAUCUCAAUAACAGGACUGCAGUACUUUUCCAGGAUAUUAUCAUUACAGUGGAAAAUGCACUGCAUUAUUGUGCAGUACUCUGCAUUCCAUUUUUUUACUGGGUUGAAUUUGAAUCCACAAAAUAAUUCAAUUGAUUUUUUUUAAUAAUAAAGAAAAUUCUUGACAUGAA